AUGCCGCUGUUUGUUCACUCCCUCCAGACUCAUGUCUUGGACCUAUGUCAGCAGAAGACUGUUGAGGACGUCAAGACUCUGAUUGCAGAGCGUGAGGGCCUGCCAGCCGUAAACAUGGCUGUGUUCUAUGAAGGCCAACCUUUGGAAGAUGCUUGUGAGCUUGCCUCUUUCAGAGAUGAAUCAACACUCAGUGUUGAACUGAGAAUGCUGGGAGGUAAAGUUCACGGCAGUUUGGCUCGUGCUGGAAAAGUUAGAGGCCAAACACCCAAAGUUGAAAAACAAGAAAAGAAAAAGCGCAGGACUGGCCGUGCCAAGCGUCGCAUGCAGUACAACAGACGUUUUGUUAACGUAGUUGCUAGUUUUGGCCGCAAGAAAGGGCCCAAUGCUCGUUCAUAA